AUGCAAAAGGCAACUACCGAAAACGAUGGAGGUACUGUGGUGCUUAAUGUUUGUGCGCAUAAGGAGUUCCUGGUAGGGCACUUUGAAAAUGCUCUAGACCCCAAGGUAAGGAAUUUCUCCGAGUAUUACGCCUUUUUACAAAAUCGAGUGGAUGAGAUGAAAGACAAGAAGGUGCUUAUGUACUGUACAGGUGGUAUUCGCUGUGAAAAAGCGUCCAAUUUUCUGCGUAAUCAAGGUGUAGACGACGUGCACCAACUCAAAGAUGGUAUUCACAAGUAUCUUGAGGUUUACCAAGAUGGAGGCUUCUUCCGUGGCAAGAAUUUUGUGUUUGAUAAACGGGUUCUAAUGGGAGCAGAGCAUAGCAGCACAUGCAUUGAAUGCCAAACACCUUAUGACGAAUUUAGUGGACGAAAGGAAUAUUUAGAUGCAGAGACCCAUUGUGUAAAGAAGAAGACUCCACUUGAAAUUGCUCAUGAGAUUCUCGUGAAAAACGGCUAUCAACUAUCGUCUCCACAAGAACUAACAGCUACUACAGCUACUCCACUGGUAGUAGAGACAAGUGAAAGUGAAGAUCGAUCGGAUGUUGUUACAGCUCAUCAACCGCUCACUACAAAGUCACCAGAGAUGCUGACAAAGGAACAACUCAAGCUUAUUGAGACGAGGAGACAGGAAGCUCUUGCAAGACGUAGACGGGUUCAACUGGCUGGUAGAGAUCAUAGUUACUUUUCAGCUGUUAUCCAGCCUGAUUCAGCUGAAUAUAUGCGUCAUCAUGUGCCUCCAGCGGGUGUUUCGAUUCAAGGACAUCAUCUUUCUUCAUUAGAAGGCUUUGGAAUGGCGUCAAGUAGACCUGAUAUUCAAGUAAAUAGUGAGCCGCACCGCGUCGUUACCCCCGAUACUAUUUCUGCGACCGAUCAAGUUGUUGAUACUGCACAUGCACGAUCUCAGUGCUUUUGGGACGACCUCGAGGCAGCUGCUGAGAUUGUUCAGUGGGAAAACGAACAAUUGGCUGAGGCAACACUUUUGCAGCCUCCCGUGACGACAGCAACGAGUUCUGAUCACGCGUUUGAUACUGUGCAAAAUGAAGCUCAGCAUCACACAGAGGUAGAAGCAGCUACCACUCAGGCAGCUGCAGUAAUAUCUCUAUCUCAAGAGCUGCUCGCUGCCGCAGAAAUUAUUCAAUGGGAGAACGAACACGAAGUUUCACAUGAACUAUCAGCUAUCAACAAACAAGGUGACAGCUCAUGUAGCGACCACGAGCAUGAUGCCCCGCAAUUUCAACUCCUGCCUGUGGACGAUUUUAAGCAGCAGGACGAAAACCUCUCUGAAUCUAUACAGCCUCACGACAACAUCACAUCUCAGCUCAACCGACGAAACAGCAAUUCCUUGCUAAAGUCGAACGCUCACUGCAUGCGCCCUCAGGCACUGCCAGCGACAUCAGCUCUGCAACGCAGCAGCACCGUGUCCAGCGAAGCGGCAAAACCCAGCGGGGAACACCAGCGCAACCCAACCUCAUCGUAUUCUUCUCUACACCAGCGUGAUCCAACGACAGAAUUCAUUGACAAGCACCUACUGGAAGACAAGCUUGAGUUUUCCGUUCUCGAAUUUCUCGACAUGAUGCUUGCUUAA